AUGAAGCAUGAACGCACAUAUCAUGCACGACCCGCGCAGCCUAUGGCCAAGGAUAAUGCAGUCAGAAAUGCAGCCCAGGAGGAUGGCAAUGCUUCACCUCGGAGUGCGGCCAAAAGUACUGAUCCAGAGCAUAGCAAUAAUGCUCACAGUGACGUUGAUGAUCUUCAGUUCGAAUUUGACUUCAUAGAGUCCCCCAUUCUCGAAGCCUUGCACGAUCUUGACCACCUUCAAGACGAGUCAAGUUCUUUGAGCCCUGGAGUACUCGCUGACAACUCGGACGAUACCAGUUCACACAACCGUAGUACAGACUACAUCUCAGACGCGUUCCCCAUGGGCUUCGCACCUGGUGCCGACUUCAAUGAUGACUCUUCCACGAGUUUCGAAGGCAACAGCGUAUCUGAUGAUGACGACAUCCCACCACACGACCCGGCAGAUCAUGAACAUUUUGAAGCUGAUCCUGUCGAGUCGACUCGGGAAUACCAUCUGUUCAUCAAUGGCACACCUUGUGACGAGCAAGGGAACUCCUUACCACCGGAUACUCCUCCAGCACCUCAAGAAGGUCCUGCCGCUAAUGACUGGUCACCAUUCCGCGAUCGCGUUGAGUUCGAACUUGCUGAGUUUCUUUACACUCGAGAGCAAAUGUCUGCCGGGAAUAUAAACAUCCUCCUCGAUUUAUGGGCUGCGAGCCUUAUGAAACAUGGCGAAAAUCCUCCCUUCGCCAACGCGAAAGACCUAUAUCAGACUAUAGAUGCAAUCUCUCACGGCGAUGUCCCAUGGCAGUCAUCCAAGAUGUGUUAUCGUGGACCAUUGCCGGACAAUGACGUGCCUCCAUGGAUGGUUGCCGAGUAUGAGGUCUUGUUCCGGGAUCCACAUGAAAUUGCGAAGAAUAUGCUCGCAAAUCCGGACUUCAACGAUGAGAUCGAUUACAGCCCAUUUCGUGAGUUCUAUAACGGUGAACGCCAUUUGAAGGAUUUCAUGUCCGGUGAUUGGGCAUGGAGACAGGCGGAUUUGAUUGCAAACGAUCCAAACAUGCACGGUGCCGCAUUCGUACCGAUCAUUUUAGGCAACGAUAAGACAACGGUCUCUGUCGCAAUGGGACAGAAUGAGUACUAUCCGUUGUACAUGUCAAUAGGCGGUGUACACAACAGUGUGCGUUGUGCACAUCGCAAUGCAGUCACACUGGUUGGGUUUCUCGCUAUACCCAAAACCGAUCGCGAAUACAAGGAUGAUAUCAAGUUCCGCAAAUUCCGCCGACAGCUCUUCCAUACAUCAUUAUCCCACAUUUUGCAGGGUCUUAAGCCCGCUAUGACAACUCCCGAAGUCACUCGUUGUGGAGAUGCCCUCCUUGCCUGCAUUGUGCAAGGAUGGUGCCCAAAGUGUACUGCACGUAGUGACAAUCUAGACAGUCCUGGGAGUGGACCACGCUCACGUGAGCAUACGGACGCCCUUCUUGAAGAAUUUGGGGUCGGCGUCCUUUGGGACGAGUACGGCAUUGUUGACAUCGUGAUGCCCAAGCCCAUCAAACACGUCUCGCUCAUACCGGCCCCCAACAAACGCAUUCUGCAGCAUCAUAUACGACACGUCCAUCGCGCUCAGCGCAUACACCAUGUUCUCACUGCCCGAGAAGAAGAAGAUCGGCACGCACUCGAGCCGCGCCAGGGGCCCGAUCAGGUCGUCACCACCCCGCUCGUGCCCAUGUGCAUCAGAUGCGAGGGCGCACACAUGGACACCCCACUUCCUGCUACUACGGAUCGCAUUCUGCAAGCGUCUUCAAUUUUCUAA